GUUUGCGCAGUCGGUGGUGUCUCAUAAUCCGGGAACUGUCAUUGUGCAAAAGCUAAAAAUUUACUCUUUUUUUUUCCGCACAUUGGAAGGAAAAAAAACCCGCAACGCCAGGCGUCUGUAGUGAACGGUGUCACAUCGCACGUUGCCCUUUUGUUGCCGUAUAAAAUUUGCGUGUCAUUUUGGUCGGACCUUCUGCGGGAAGCGAGGCAAACAACUGCGAAUCGCACCGGGGCCCGACGACCGGAAGAAGACUUCCAUGAGAAUCGACGGAAUACCAUAAUAAUAAUAAAACAACAGCGAGAAAAAGGAAGAAGGAAAGAGAAUAAGUAAAACAACAGCAGCUCGGCUUCUGUUCAUCCACGACGAAGACGCAUCCGUCGCCGUCUCCUCCUACACCCGUCUUGUGUUAUUAGUGAGUGAUUAGCAUCGAUAAAGUGGAGUCGUCUCCAAGCAAACCCACCGAAAUGGCUAGUAAAAACGAGCAAGUGUUGAUCAUCGAGCCCGAGGCUGAGCUCAAAUUCAUAGGACCUUUCACUACUUCGAACACAAUCAAAAUGACGCUUACGAACCCCUCCAAAAAGACGGUCGUAUUCAAAAUAAAAACUACGGCACCCAAGAAGUACUGCGUCAGGCCGAAUUCCGGUCUUCUGCUACCGAGCGCGAGCGUCGAAUUGGGGAUCUGUUUGCAGCCAUUCUAUUAUGAUCCUGCCGAGAAGAACAAGCACAAGUUCAUGGUGCAGAGCAUGUUCGUACCCGAUGGCCAAGUCAACUUGGAACAGGUAUGGAAGGAAUGCACACCGGAACAGCUGAUGGACUCCAAGUUGAGGUGCGUCUUCGAGCUUCCGGAACCGGCAAAUGCAACCGAAGAGAGCGAGACUCGUUUCAACACGUUCACCCCAACCAAGGUUCCAGCACUCGCAGCUUCAAAUGAACCUGCCGUCACGCAGAAUGAAGAAGGCGAACUUCAGGAAGCUGAACAUGAAAUCCAGAGGUUGGAGAAUCACUCUCUGAAACUGGUGACCGAAAAUCUGCGACUGAAAGAGAUGUUGCUGAAAUGCACGUGCAACAACGCGCCCGACGCGAAAAAGGCCUCAUCCAAGUAUGCUCCGCCUGCCGUGGAGGAGACCGAGAUCCCGAUGAUGCGUUUCAUUUUUAGUCUACUCAUAGUUAUCUUUGGAAUCGUGAUCGGCAAAUACGUGCUCUGAACCCUUUCCGAAAGCCACAAUCCACAGCAAAGCAGCAAAGAAAACACACAAUAUCCACUACUGAAAAAAUUUACCAUGACAGCCUGCAUAACGGAAAAAAUAUUAUUAUUAAACUAGUAAAAAACGAGAAUAUUACAAAUAA